AAAGUGCGCAUAUUUUCUCUGCUCCCACAGCUGUAAAUUCCAAGAGAUCAAGAAUUCGUGACCGUUCAUACAAGGGCUCGCUCGAGAUUGGAUCGUUUUCUGAACAUUUCCGGCUGGGCUGUCAGCAAAGAUAUUGCAUUUCACAGAUCGUAUCAAUUUCAAAAUUUAUAACCCGUUACACCAAAUUCGAAUCCUCAUUUAGCCGCUAAAAUGCAUCGGGAUAACUUCGGAGGACUGUUUGUAGUCGUGCUCACUUGUGCAAGCUUUGAGAUCGCGAGCUCUGUGCCAGUGGAUGCCUCAGCACUUGCUUCAGUGCGCACAGAAAUAACCCAGAAAAACAAUUUGGCCAGGAAAUACUCGCCUGGCAUUUCGCAAUUUGCUGAGAAACGUGAAGAAUACCCUGCCACGUUUCUUGAUGAUCCGCGGCUUGGAAGCACAUCACCCGAGAGGAAGGUAUUACUGAAAAGACUUAUGAUGGAAGCAAAUGAUCGUAGCCCAUUCAUAGAACCGGAAAACGAUAUUCUAGACCGAGCUGAAAGCACUGUUUUGCAGAAAAGAAUUUUUUACGAUGGCCGCCGCGGAUCCCCCAGUUUUCCGGACACCAAUAUUCCCAAGAGACCUGGGAACGAAAUCUUGAAUACAAGAAGAAUGUACGGAAGGCCGCUCCAUGAAGACGUCAGAGAAAGUGAUGCUGCUCGCCAUUUGGAAACAUUGCUGUCGUUGAGAGACCGAGCGAGGGCUAUCCAUGAGCAGUUAAACGACUCAAUUGAAAGAUACCGCCAUGGAACCAAAGCUGCUGAGAGUGGUAGGGAGCAUGCACAGGUGGCGUCCGAGAUGAAAGAACAAGAAGAGGAUGAGAGGAUGCCAGACCAACCGGGGCACCCGCCGCAAGCACAAGAAUGGGAUCGAAUAUUGCACGGCUUUGAGGUAGAAUAAGACAUCCCAGGAACUGACAAGCCGACCUCAGCGAACACGUUGCUUUCAGAUCAUAACAGGGAACUAAAAGAACCAACAUUGUAACUUGAGACUACUAUGAUAACGGUUAAACAGCCGUUUAUAAGCUACAACAACAACAACAACAACAACAACAACAACAACAACAACUUUUAUUAUUAUUAUGCUACAAAGAUUUUAUCGAGAAAAUAAUAUUUGCGCCCAGAACGAACUGUACCACAAUCAUCUAGUGAACUUAAUUUAGGGUAAAUAUAUCCAGAUGUGCUUCACUUUAAACUGAAACCCUAUGAGUUUGAGAGUUUCGUUAUUGCUUUGAAGUCGCUUUGAGGUAGUCUUUUUUCUCUUCGUUUUCCAGCCGGCACAUAACAGACACUAACGAAAUUCUGUUGCGUCCAAAGAAACGGAACAAAAGCUUUUUGUCUGCCGUUGUUUUGGAAUGAAAUAAGUUUCGCAAUCAAGGCUUUUAUACGUUAGAUAAUAGUUAGCAUUGUUCUUAAAUUUUACGUAUUAAUUUUAACUUCGCACUAUCUUACGUAUAUGAUGGUUGCUUCUGUAAUCUCCUUCAUAGGUAAGGAUUCCGAGCUUUUUUAGUGUAUUGUAAACAAAAAAAUUAACUGUUAUCCUACAGUAAGUAUACAGAAAAACUCCCUUUAAGGCCUAAUCCACUGAGAGAUUGCUUUUUAAAAACAACGUAUUCUAGAGGUAUAUUUGGAGUUGACUUAAGGUUGUAAUAAGUUUACACUGUUUAAUUUAAGAGCUUUUUUGACUUAGCCAAUAUAUUUUAAUCAUUAUUUAAUUGAAAGAACUAACAGUUUUGUUAUUUGUUAGAAUUGUAAUUAUUUCGAUCGGUUUCAUUGGUGUAAUUUAAUUAAGAUCGCUUUUUCAAUAAAGAAAUCGGUAUACCAGUCUGGAAAAUGCAUUGCUCUUUACUAGCUAGCCAAAAAUAUUUCCCAACCAUUCACUGUCGAAGAUAUUCUUUGUUUGCUAUGGUUUUGGAUUAGCAGUGUUCGGCCAUUCCUCCAAAAUGCUCGUGCAAUCUGAUCAACCAACGGCUAAUUCCCUCUAUCAGACGCGCCUGCAGGGAACCAUGUUAGUUGUUUUCAUCAAAUAAAUAUCGAGUAUAAAAUGAUGAAUAUAACUACCACGAUUCCUAGCAGACACAUCUCGUAGAGGGAAUUGGCCAUUGAAAAAAAAAACAUUUUGUUUUCUUAGCCAAUCAGGCCCCACUUUUCGGGUGUUACGAUUACCGAUGACGUGCAGCAAAUGUCUCAAAACGAACAACACCCACACAGAAAAACAAAUUGCUGACAAAUGAGCGUUUCAAAAGGUGCGGGGAGGCGGCGAAGCAAAGAUGUGAAAAAUCAGAUGGAUUGACAAAAAAGCCAAUUCUCUCGCCAAAGUCGAUUAGGAAACCAAUCCAAAAUGAAUGAUUUUGAUGUACUCUAUUGAGUGGAUACAUUGACGCUACUUGAAAUUAAAGCGCCUUUUAAUAAUUCGUGUUAAAAGAUGCCUUCAUUUAAUGGAGUGUUACUUUCGGCAUCCUUAACAAAGAACAGCAAAGAAUCAAGUACAAAAGACAUCUUUGUAUGUCCGCACAUUAAUCUUGUUGUGUUCUUUGUUCUGUUAAUUUACUAUUUUUCUGCUCUGUCUCGUUCUUUAUACCAUUCGCAUUAAUCUCCUGCGACGGGAAAUUUUAUCUUCUUAUUUGCGUUCAUUCCUUUACUUGGAACAUUCGCAUUAUUUGAACAGCGUUAAUUGACUCUUAAAAACGAGUUAAUUCGUCUGAUUGUGAGCCCUUUAAUCUUGACCUUGUUCUAGCUUUUAUUUACAAAAUAAAAGAUGGUGUUCGACAUUCUCUUAGAAAAUGAUGUACGCUUGAGUCUGGAAAAACUACUAGUGGACACAUGAGUAGCCUGCAAUGCAGGGGUAUUUUGGGCGAGUGCACGGUUUCGUAUUAGGUCGCCAUCUUCGAUUUGGUAAGUGCAGAGGAUUGGGGCGAGGAAAAAUUUGCCAAAGGAGCAGGCGUGAAAAAUGGGCAAGUGAGGAAGGGGAAGGAAAGGAAAAAUACUCUGCACUAACUUUCCACCGGUCAAGUAUCCAAUUACAAUCCAAAAUGGCGGCAUCGAAAACCUGGUUUAUCGAGCGUUCCAUUCAAAACUAACGCCUGCACUGCAGGCUAACGCACGAGCAAAACACGAGUGCAUUCAGCACUUCUCUAGACUUCAAAAGUGCAUUUUGUUCUUAGAACAUAGGAAAUCCAUCUUGUAUUUGUUUAGAAUCGGCUAUCGCCUCGUGUGUCACUUUCAUUGGAUAAUAAGAUGUAACAUUAUCGAAUUCCUGGCUAGUACAACGGACGGAAAUUUCUCAAUGGGAAGUACCGCAUUUUUUCGAAAUUGACUUCUCAUAUGAAUAACAUAUUUAAAAUAUGGGAUCUGUAGUUACCAUGUGCUAAUGAGGCGAAAUUUUGACCCAAUAUGGUUUAAGGUCUAGUAGGUGACCACUUCCCGUAAGCGACCACCUAGGCUUGACAUUUUGGGUGGUGACUUACAGCAGGUUUGAAGGUAUAUUCCAAAACCGUGAUCGUAGUAAGAACUUGCUGGUGUCACGACGGCAGUGGAGGUUUCUUUCAUUUGGUAUUCUUACAAUGUAUCUGAAAUUAUUCCGACACCCUUGAGCCCAGCCACCCAAAAUAAGCCCACCGAACAAAACAGUUUUAAUAUAAAUACUGUAUGCCUAGAGCUUGGUUUUCUUCCCAGGAAAGGAUUUAUAUUGUCUGAUUAUUCAAAUCGUUGGUAACCCGCCAGUACGAAUAGGCGCGGCUAGCAGCCACUCGGAGAAUGCAGCCAGUUUUGCGAAUGCAAGGCGAACGAGUUUUCAUACUCUCCUGUUCACAAUUUUAAAAGGCCGCUUCUCAGCUACAGUGCACGGUAAGAUUGUAACGCGAUGCACGAUAAGCCAGCUUCGAAUUCAUUGUUAGAGACACUCGAGAAAAAACUACAUACAUAAUAAGUGUUGGGUUAUACUGAAAUCUUGCCGAAAAUAUUUACUUUCUUGAAAUUCAAGGUGAUUGGAAAUGCGCCGAGAAACUAUGUCUGUUUUGUCUAUUUUCCCAUCUUCGUAGUCAAGAUUAGAACAAAGAGUAAACAGAGAACUGAUGAGAGUCAAACUACAGUGACGGUAAUGAUUUCCUUUGUCUUAACUUCAUGAUUUAUUAAUGUGUUAUUAAUGCGAGAUAAACUUCUUAAUAGUGAUUCCUAUCACCACAUAUUUCUGUCAAACACAAUGGUAUUACUUAACAGAGUGAACAAACCGUUUCUAUGAACAAAAUGAGAUCCCUCGUUAACUUUAAAUAUCAUAUCAGCGUUGAUUAGGUUUAGGGUUGGGCGUUCUUUAUUUCCAUUUUACAUUGCCAAAUGCAAAUAGAUAUACAAAUACAUCGGAUAAAAAUGAUUCUACAGGAAUACGAAUAAGUAAUUUGGGGAAACAGUACCAGAUUAUAAGAAUGAAAUUAGACAACGUGAUUUUCUUUCAUUUUCUGGAGAUAUUUUUUUAGCUUUCAUUCUAUUGCAGUGAAUAUUGAGUAGUGUUGUUGCAAACUCUCGGCUACACUUACUGCCGGAAACGCGAUUUAUCACGAGAUAUCAUGGGGCCACUUUAAUAGGAUACUAUUUUGAGCGACAAUCAUAUUUAGGGACUUGGUAUUCCCAGGAUUUGGGUCACGCUAUUUUCUCGAUUUUUUGACUGAUCCUCGUGAUCUCCUUGGAACGCAACAAUGACAGUUUGAAUUCACGAGGCAAAUAUACAUAUGCAGUCUAGUAUACCAUAAAAUGCUGAAAACAGCUCUCCCGAAAGUGCGUGUCCUCCGAAUAUAUAGCCACAUCUAGAACCAGCAAAAUUCUGAUAAUUUCUGAAGCCCUUCAGAAUAUACGCCCAUGGAAGUUUAUUUAGAGUUAGUACUUAAAGAAUGAUGGUCAUAUAGCUACAGUAACUAGCUUCCUCAGAAUAAUCAAAUCCUUCUGCAGGAGAGCAUUUUAUUAUUUUUGUUCGGAAACUUGUGAUGUUCAUCGGGUGGAACACUGUUCAGAGCUACAUUUCAAACGCUUUGUUUGGCCCUAUUCUCUUAUUAUCUGUUUGAUCUAAGAAUGCCUCAUGGAAUUUUAAGAUCCUUUUGAAGAUUUUAAAGAGUUUUACGAAAGAAAAGGAAGAGGUGUGGAUUUGAAGUAAGAAUAAAGACAAAAAAAGGAUUUCAUGUCGAUUUAAAUUUCGAUAUCCAAUUGACAGAUGGACACCAAAACAGACUGCCCCAACCUGAAUUGCUCGUGCUGCGGGUAAACGUCUUUUAAUAUAUUAACUUUUUUUACCCUUAACUUUUUACGGUACUUUAUUCCUCCUUUUGCUGUUAGUUAAAGGCAAAAAACUUGUGCUGUGAAUCAUAUCGACUGUAUAGAGAGUUUGGCCACACGAUGUUAUUGCAUGCAUGUAAAAUCCCUUUCAAAUAUAUACCCGUACAUUUUUAAAACGUAAUUAAAAUCUCUCCCUGUAGGCCCAUCCUAUAAUAAAUGCACUGCGAAAUAAAAUACACCAAAAUAUUGUCUUGUAGAAAUAUAAGCCCAGAGCUAAUUAUCGAAAGUAAGCAUCUUAUAUUGGUAGUGCGACAAAGAAAUAUUUCAACCGAUUACGUUUUACG